CGUUGGCCACACACAUACCGACAUAGACGCGACUUUUAGUGUUUUCUCGAAAAAACUGAAGGACAACUAUGCUUACACCAUGAAGCAGUUGUUUUCGCUUAUCGAGUCGUCGUACAAGAUACCGCCGAAGUGCAUUGAGCUCGAUCACAUUGCCGAUUGGCGUCGGGUAAUGGAUCGAUACGUCGAUAGAACCAUCGUCGGCGUAUCGAAACCACACCUCUUCAAAUUCGUCAUGCGUGACGGCAGUCCCGUCAUGGUGUACAAGAAGUAUUGUACAGAUGCGGAAUGGAUGCCGGAAGGCAGACCAGUUCACUGGUUCCCGGUUGUCGAUGGCCAGUAUGCAGGCCCUGCCUCCCCUCCACAGCCAUGUGUUAUUCCCCGUGUCGUCAAAGACGAUUUUUUGAUGGCUCGUAACGGUGUCCAAAAAUUUGUGGACGUCCUCGAACAGCAUAGACACAUGUGGCAGACAUAUAGGAAGGAGGAGGUCGACAAGCGGGAGGAUGCUUUGUCUUAUUGGAAAGCCAUCUUCGUUGAGGCGGACGACAUGAUCCAAAAGCAAAAGAAGAAGGAGACGGAAGAGGGUGAGGAAGAGGAUGUCCUCGGGGCGGACGAGCCGGAGAUCUACCCUCACACCUUCUGGCCACAAUCAGUCGAGACUGUGGAGGAAGUUCAAGAAGCCGACCCUCCUUCGCCAGAUGCUUCGCUUAUAUAUAUAGGACCGAGGGCGGGCCGUCCAAAAGUGGACUUCGACCCUUGGCGCCAUAUAAACCAAGGUGAUUUUCUGAUUGUUAGGCCGCCUGAUGAGGAACUGUCUCAAGGUGUCCCGUUCUGGGUUGGCAGAGCACAGUCUGAGGUUGUGGACGACCGUUCCUCACCGCAUUUCGGUUGUUUACGUAUACAGUGGUGGGUGCCUACAGGUCACUCGUCCGAUCUUCGCGAAAGGUACUCCGACGCUUGGACGAAGAGGUGGAAACUUUCCACUUCGGAAGAGGAACAAUGGCAACGCGCCGAAACCGUGGCUUAUUCUUGGAGAAGACCUUUUCGCAAAGGGACGGAUGAGAGCAAAUUCAUGACAGGCCUUGCAAUACCGACAUCCGUUUGCGAGAAAGCGCUUGUGGCCUUGGGGGACGGCUAUCUUUCCGGGCAUUUGCCGGUCGCGAUGGCCAUGUCGGAGUUGAUUAUCCUGGGUGAUUGGCAUGAGCGCAUGGCAUACCCUUUCCCCCCAUGCGCGCUGCGCAUCUCCGGCAGUGGAAACUCCACUGUUAUUGACGGUGCGACAAGAGACGAGAUGGAGUGUGAUCCUUGGAUGAAGGUCCCCCCAUUCACUGAUGCUCCCCUGGACUCGUGGAAGGAGCUUGAAUGGGACAUAAUGCUCAGGGAGUGUCCGUGGGCGGACAACUACAAGUUCGCUAACAUGUGCGAGUUUGGGAGUUUCAUUCCCGUGCCUAGAGUUGUGUUCGGUUCAGUUCGGUGCCGUUGCUUGAGUGCAAAGCUGAAUAUUCCUCGGCAUCAAAAUGUGUUGGCCUGCAGUGUCAUGACUGCUUCGACGCGCACAUGGUCCCGCUCGCUGAAACACGAGUUGCUUGUCUGUGCACGACAUUCCGAGUUCCUCGAUCAGUACUCGUUGGGCUCUCCAGGGCUGUCGCCUCGAGCAGUUUCCUACUGCUGCGUUAGAUUGCGUCUCGAAAAGUUAUUCUUAUCUAGGGCCCUUUGCGUCACGUGUUCGAAUCGGAGUAGGACCUUGACUGGUGUUGUGGUCUACGUGUCCAGGAAUGAGUUGCACCUCGGGAGAGACAUUAUCGGUUUGGUCACAAUAGAAUACGAAGGGACAUGGGAUUUGGUAAUCGGGGGUAAGGUGGACGAUGUGGACGCUUGGCGUGAGGUUGAAAGUCAAGCGUCCUCUAUACGGGAUGCUAUAGGGAGGUCUCUGGCCGGAAUGACCGGUUUCGUUCGCAUGAAAUAUAUUUCUAUGUUCGCGGAAGAUGCUCAAGUUGAUGCGCCGCAGUAGCUUGUUGAUCAACAUGGAACCGUCGUCACUGAAAAGACAGAAUCAGAACCGCCUGCUGGUACACAGAAGAAAUCUGGCAAAGGAAAGAAAACCCCACGCAAAGAUCUGAAAGACAGAGGGACGCCAUCACCCAGACCAGGGGGUGGGAAAGGCCAAAAGGGUGGGGGAAAUGACGGUGGCGCUGGCACGGGCGCUGGUGCAGGCAAGGGAUCAGCUUUGCCUGACAGCUCAUCAACUGUUCAAGAUUCAGCACCUGAGUACAAUAAGAGGGUGAACGAAAAACUGUUUCCAUCCUUGGUCGUCCGGUUGGAUGGCCAAAGUGAUACGCUUCUCGGACGCAUCGCACAGAUACCAUCGGAAAGCAAUAUGGUCAAGCAUGACAAUCCGAGAGAUUUGGAACGGAGGCUGGGAAUUUACCGAGAACAAGGUAGCUGCAUGCCCGUACUCGAUUUUUUCUCUUCUAAUGGGGCAAAAACGAUGGAUCUAGACAUUUGCACACCGCAGAAAGACCUUGAGGCCGCUGCGGCAGCUGCGGCUGCUGCAAGUCUGAGCCUGCAGGGAUUGCAGAGUCCGGUGGCGAAUGAUGGCUUGACUCCAAGAUCUCCACUGUCAACUCAGAAAAAAGUCAGCGGGAAGGAUGGCAGCUCAGCUCACAACUCCAAUCAGAACACAAGAAGUCAUACACCCACCUCGCCUGGGAAACCUCGCAAACAGGGUUUGAAAAGUAACAACAAUUCCUUCAGCAGCGCGAAGGAGAAAAAGGACAGGAAGCAGAUCGCCACCCCUCGCCAUGUUGACCUUGGGAUUAAGACAUCGAAACUGGCUGACCCAAUUAUUGAGCAGCUGGGCAGUCUCAACAGCUACAGCAGUCGAGUAAUAGAAGAAGAGAGGAAAGCCCCAAUUAAAGCGGAUCCGGCGCAGCUGGGCUUAGAGUCUGCGGUAAUUAUCUUUCUGAUCAUGGAAGAGAGGAGUCUGAGGGCCCUGGAAGGGAUAGAACUGCAAGGGAGCUUUCUUUCAUUUACUUUGCUCUAUGUGACCCUCCCUCUCUCAAUAUGAUUGUCUGUCUGUCUGUCUGGCUGUCUGGCUGGCUGACUCUCUCUCUCUCUCUCUCUCUCUCUCUCUCUCUCUCUCUCUCUCUCUCUCUCUCUCUCUCUC